AUGGUUAACUACACACACCGCUCCUUGGCAGAGGUGGACACAGGGAAGAAUAUCCUUUUCCUUCUCUCCAUUGGGCCGUCCAACGCAUACGGAGAAGGCCGGACCUUUGAGGACUUGCUUAACUUCCUCCAUGCUACCGAAUACCCUACCGAAAAAUUAUCCCUAGGGUUGUUGAUCGUCAACAAGGAGGAGUUCGAGGCCAUUGACAAGAGAAUCACCCAGUACUACGAGGAAGCGACCCCAAGCACCAAGAAAUUCCAAUCGAUUAAGCUUCUGUAUGCUCCUUUCUUGGAGAGCUCCACCCUUGAUAGGGAGGAGAGACACCAUAACGAUAAGCAGAAGGAGAGACGCAGAACGCUAGCUCGUGCCAGAAACUACUUGCUUUACAACACCAUGGAUCACCAGGACUAUGUGUUGUGGAUUGAUGCCGACAUCAUUUCCCUCCCCGAUCGCAUCUUGACCACGUUCGUGGAGUCCGACAGGGAUAUAAUCACGAUCAGAAUCACACAGGGAAACCAAAACGAUUACGACAGAAACGCGUGGGUUGGCGCGAGAGCUAAGCCAUCAUCCGAACAGCUCGCUCAAAUGAAGAACGAUCCAAAGUAUGUCUAUGUCCCUCACAACAGUGGGGAUACCAAGAACUUGGCCGUGUUUGCCAACGGCAAGGAGGAGUUUGUGGAGCUUGACUCUGUUGGAGGAACCGUCUUGUUUGUCAAGGCAGAAAUCCACAAGCAGGGUGUCAGUCAUACGCCAUACUAUGCCAUCGGGACUGACUUUGGCAUUAAAGAAGGGUACGACGGAAUUGAAACGGAAGGUCUCUGUUACGUCGCCCAGGCGUUGGGCUACAAGUGUUGGGGGAUGCCAUUGGUUACCGGCGAGCACGUUUUAUAA